AUGAGUGAUGCUGUUUAUGCAGCCAAAUUGCCGCUGCCACCACCCCAAGCAGCAGAGUGAGUCUUUAGAAUCAUUUAAACCAAGCAAAAACCUUGCUCUCCCUCCCUCUGUAGCCUGAGGUAAAGUUAUUCAAAGGGAGUUCUCCAGAACCACAUAACAUAAAUGUUUUAAAAGUAAUUCAUAGGCAAAACAUUAAAGGUAAGGACUGAGGAGUCAGAUCAGAAAUGACAUCUGGAUAUGAGCAGGGUUCCUCGGGCUAUGCAGAGGGGAAGACACGGGUUGGGUUUGAUAUAUUUCCCAGCAAACGAACAAGGCAUCCUAGUUCAAAGAACUGUUUAAUCUGUCCCUGUGUUCCCAGAGCCUGGCUUAUAUAUGACCUCUCCCUCCCACCACAGAAUACUUUUCUUCCCCCUCAUGCAAAACUCGAUUUGCUUCAGCCACAUGAAUCACUGUGUGUAGUGCUAAUUAUUAGCAGUGAUCCGUGUGUUAUGAUAACAUCUGGGAGUCCCAAAAUGCAAUGUGGACUUAAUAAAAAGGCAGAAUAUAUGUGGAGGAUAUUUAGUUCAAAGAACUGAAGGCUAGUAGAGCCCUACCCAGGGAAACUAACCGGAAGGGGAUGUAACUGGCAAUGAAGACCAGGAUUGUGGAAUUCUGCUCCAGCAAUUUGUUCUCUUGUUCAUCCAUGCGUCCUAGGCUGGAUGCAACAUCUUUCUUUAAUAGACUCUUGACUGCAGCACCCAGCUGAAACUGGGAUUUAAUUUUGGUGCAAUCUUUCUCUGGGCUCAUCCACACUUCCUCUUGUCCUGUGCCUCAUAUGCAUGGAUCUGGGCAGUUUUCUCUUUGUCCCACCACUUUCUCUGAGAAAAUGAACUCUUUAUUGCUGAAUUGGAGACAGGGCUGGCCCACCCAUGUGGCAUGGUGAGGCAACCACCUCAGGUGGCAGGAUCCAGAGGAGCAGCAAAUCCCAGUGAAGAUCUUUAUUCCCCCCACACACACACACACACUUGUUCCUGAUGUAGCACUUCACUCACCCCUUCUUCCCUGAUGGGGAGUGGGCACACCAUUUUGUGGUUCACCUCAGGCGCCAAAAUGUCUUGGACCGGCCCUGAUCAGAGCAAAUAUCAAACUCAGCUGAUGUUUGCUCCGAUUCAACAUUAAGGAGUGGAUUUUCUGGGGAGGAAGUGGCGGUACAAGCAGAAGUGUGGAUGAGCUCUCUGUCUCUCUCAAUACUUGCGAUACACCAGGAUUAUAUAUCUAUAGUCCUACCUUUCUAUCAUCACAACAGCAGCAACAAAAUCUCAGGCCAAAAUUCCUAUUGAAGUCACUCCAUUAAAUCUGGAUACUUUUGCUUCUCAGAAUUUUUAUGUAGUAUUCUAUUACUAAUUAUUGGACUAAGAGCCCUCACCUAUUUGAAAUGUGUUCACUGGAGACUGAGAAGGACUAAGAAAUGUCCACGCCAUACAUUUGAAGCACAUGGUUUCCUCCAAAUAAGCAUGGGAGCUGUAGAUUAUCCUCAUGGAGCUACAAUUCCCAGGAUUCUAUGAGGGAAGCAAUGUGCUUUAAUGUUGCAGAUGCAUCCUUAUAUUGUUUUGCAUUCCUCAAACUACCUCUAAAAACCAUUUUACUAUCCUGUUGUAGGAUCAGUCAAAGUUGUGAAGAAGUAUGAUGUUUUCCCCAUCCUUUCAAUGUGUGUUUAUGGGUGAAAUGGAUAUGCUAAUUCACUUUAGUGACAGAAAGUGCAGCAUUUAGAGGGCGCUAAUUCAACUACAUGAGUGUGAUAAUGUGAAGUCUGGUUUUUGUUUUUACUUUGGAUUUGUUUGUUAAAGGUAGGUUUUGAGCACCACCAAACUUGUGGGCAGUAUCCACCAUUUGCAGCCACCUGGAAUGCACAGAAUGUUCUUGAAAGCCAUGCCUGGCUGGAAGAGUGGUAGGGAGGACAAGUAUCAGGAUUCAAGUUUGCAAUGACUCCUGAAUUUGGAAUCUGAGGGGUGUCAGGCAGAUUCAAUCUGCAUGCCAGCACCAGCUCUGUCCAAAGAAGAAAAGUUCAGGGUAACCAGCAAGACGAGCAGAGAAGACUCUUGAAAGACAAUGGGCCACAGCAAGUCAUCUGACAAGGCCUGACCCUUAUAAAAGCAUGCAGAUCACACUUGCUGUCUGGUGUAAGCUACUGCUUUCAUUCAACUUGCUACUACACACUACACUUCUGUGGCUGCGGCAAGGAAGGGAAGUUCUGGGAGAUGCCAACUGUGAAACUGAGCAAGAACCUUCAUUCUGACUGUGCUAUUUUAAUCAAGCCUAUCCAUCCAUCUGCCUAACAUGGUACCAGCAACUUUCAGCAGUUAUUACAUUAACCAGCUCUGAGCUGCAUCAGAUGCUUCGCUUUUCCCCCAAAGGCAAGCUGUUCUAGGUAACAAUGACAGUCUAUUUCUUCUCCAAACCUUUAUUAGGCAUUACAAAUAAAAGCCAUCAUAAAAUACCCAUAUAUAAAAUUUUAAAAUAUAUACAAAUAAACAGCCAUGUAAAAAUAUGUAAUAGCGAGGAUUUUCAUUGGUGUUUCUUCCCGCUAAAAAGUGUCAUUCACCACUCUAAGAGAUACUAUUGAUAAAAACUCAGCCACCCUUGCAGUUACUUCUGGGUUAAUGUAAGACAGAUAGACUCAUAUAUUUUCAUUGUGCCGUAAUCUUAGACUACCCAGAAAAGGUGAUGGCAUGUGUUUGCGUAGCUGGAUAUACAAUGGACAGUAGAAGAGAAUAUGUUUUACUGUGUCCAGCACAUUCAAAAAAACAUCUGCAAUGUCUAUUGUUUCUGGGGAUGUUUAAAUAUCUGCCCUUGACAAAAGCUAUGGGGUAACAUAAAGGCCCUGCAUUGGACUGGAAUUAUUCAUUUUGCAACUUAAGUGACCUUGUUAUCUGUUGGAUUUAAACCAUAAAACUUGGGGGAGCAAAUUUUAUUUACAGCUGACUCGAUGUUUCGUUUUUCCAUGUCCCUUAAUCUGAUUCGAAUAUUACGAUAAAUAUAUUGCUCACUUGAAUUAUAGAAGAGUUCCAGGUAACAAUGACAGUCAGUGGGGGACCUGGGGGUCAUUAUGUUUGACCAUAAUGCCCAUGUCUUUCUGUUAUUUCAUACACAUGAGCUGUGCACAUGUUAAGAAGCUGUGGCAAAUGCCAACUACAUGCGAGCACAUGUAUAUGGCGAUCUGCAUGCAGUGUUCAUUUUGUCACAAAGAUCAGUGCUUCUCAAGCUGUCUGAUGUCGUAGACUGGCAAUGCCCCCCCCCAAAAAAAUGUGCCAGGGACAAGUACCAUAUUUGGUCUCUGAAGUGUCCCACCCAACUUGGGCUGUGGUGCAGUCGCCAUAGACCAGCAGCCGAUGGCUCACAGACUGGCAACAGUCCAUGGUCAACCACUUUGAGUAGCACUGACUUAGACAGAGCAGUGUCCUUUGUAGGAAAUGCAAAAUAUUAUAAGCAGCCCACAGUCACAGGUUUUUCCCUAUCAAUGUCACAAGUGUUUUUCUUCCUUCUCCUUGUCGCCAUUUGACCCCCUCCAAGCCCAGUUGCGUCAGCUGUUGGCUGCACAUAACAGAUGCUUGUCAAGAAUUUCCAAGAAGAUCAGGUGACACCUUGUGUUCCAAUUCGCUUCCCUCCCUUACAGCCCAACUCACAUACUGAGGCUGGACUUCCAAGCAAGGCUGCAUUAGAGCAAGCAAACCAAGCGGAUCAACAUCUCGGAUGAAUCUGGGAUAGUUGUGAACCACCAUAUCCUUUGCAUAUACUGGUGAUUAUCAAAGGAACAGCUGGGUGAGUAACUAUUUUGUGCAUUCACCAAGGUCGUCUUUUAGCUCUAGAGAGGGAAGGUUCUGAUUUUGCUCUGAAAUUGUAGACUGUUGGGAUUGAUCUUUAAACUUGGGUAUACCUCCUUCAUUUGGAUCAGAAAGGGUCAGACUUAGACAACGAGGAUGGAAUAUGAAUCAAGGGGGUUGAAUAUGUGAAACUUACUAAGUUCAGUUCUACAAAACUUCACUGCAUUGCUGUUCAUGUUAGAGAGAAUUUCGGGCGUUCUGAAUAUUCUUCUCUAGUUCCCACUGCGUAAGUGUUUCUACAACAUCCCCAUAUUGCUCCUGAGUGGGGAAAGGGCUGCCAAAUAUUUGCUGACCUGCAGGGGUAUUUCAAUCUUAAGUGCACAGAAUUUAGAAUAUUAGACCUUGUCUUCUAUACAUAUAUUAUAACAUGCACAAAAAGGGUAUUAUUCCCAUUGAAAAUUAUAGAAGGGUCUCUAACUAGCAGGCCUUUGAGAUCUAAGCCCAAGGCCAUGAGAUCUGCUCACACAGCUGAAUAGAUUGUAUGAUAGCAGUCUUUGGCUGAAACACUAAACUCUUAGGGUUGAGGGGUAUGUUCCUCAAAUCUUAACCUUAAUGUUGCUGUGGUGGUGAAGAGGGAGUAUUUGUUAUGAUGUGACCAGUUCAUUCCAUUAAAAAACUCUCUUGGUGAUGGAACAUUUUGACCAAUCCGCUACUCUCUGGUUAAAAAAAUCACUGCCUUUGAGAUUAAAUUUGUUUUGCAGUAUAACAGGAGAGGUAGCUAGCCUAAUAAAUCUGUAUUGACUGUCAAUAAACCCAUGAUGUAACCUCCAGUUCAUAGCAGAAUAUUUCAGACCUAGCUGAUGCUGGAGGAGGAGGAGGGAAGAGGAGAAGCACACACCCACACACCGGACAAGUAACUUAAUCUCCGCUACUUGUUCUCCACGGACCGCUACUUGAAGGAAAGUCACUUUUCACAUACUAAUUACACUGGGAAUUAAAAUAAAGCUGCAGUUGUAAGCAUGUUUACUUGAAAGUUGGCUUCUUCAAAAUCAAUAUGAUUGACUACAGAGGAAAAUGUGUUAACACCAGAGUGUUGAAGUGAAAUAUAUUUUUCUCUUUCAGAAAUCUGUCACUGGGGACAAAUUUCUUGCCCUUUCUAUGCCCCCAUUAAAAAGUGAUUUCCCCACCCUGGUGCUGCCACCAAAUUCAGAUCACAAUUUGGUCUGAUUGCGAGCGUUAUUAAAGUAAGGUUACCAGACGUCCCCGUUUCCCGGGGACAGUCCCCAGAUUUACAUAUCAGUCCCCUGUCAAAAUCCUAUCAUUCCUACUGAAGUUGAAAAGUGUCCCCGGAUUCAUUGGAAAAAAAUCUGGUAACCUUAUAUUAAAGUCAAUUAAGACUAAGGCACAGAAAAGCCUUGCAAUUGGAGAUCAGCUUCACAGUACCUUUUGAGUUCAUUCCAGGCCAUAUGCUCAGGUUAGAGCAAGGGAGAUUCCUAUUCGUAGUUCUGUACCAUAUGCAUAUUUGCAAAAUACCCUCCCUUUGCCUAAAUUAGCAAAGGGUGAUCACAGAACUUAGUGCCAAACUGGCCUAGAUCGAUAUUGAAAUGAAAAAAGCUGAAAGCCAGAGGCAUUUUUAUUAAGGUAGCUAGAAGUGUCUGCCAACUAUGGUGCAGGAAGUGGGGGGAAGCUUUUAUAGCCACACACCCCAAAAUAUUGGCACUUAUUCAGAUAUAUCUUAUGGCAGGGGGGAGACCGAGGGACAGCUACAGAAAAUUUACUAAAGGUACACAAACCACCUGCCAAAGCAACAGCAGUUCCUCCAUUAUCCCAAAUGCCCAUGCAAUCACAGGCAAAGAGAUGCAGCAUUUUAGCAGCAUAUCAAUCCUGGCUAAUGCCUCUCCCAUCCUUGCUGUCUGCAAUCCUCCAGCUUUGCAGAGCAACCAUAUAAAUCCUUCAGUGAAGCAAACUGUAUCUUUGCUUCUUGUACAUGAGGGAUGCUGGGACCAGACAUAAACUUUAUGAACAUCAUAUUCUUUCAGGAAAGGAAAUACAAGAUUAAAAGGGCUCAGAGUCUGUGCACACAAGGAUUUAUGGCCUUGGUGCUAGAACUUGACUCCUCACAGAGAAUAAAGCUUUUCAUUUUCAGCACUCUGUCACCCAAGACAGUUAUUCUUUCAGAUGAAGGAAAAGGAGCCAAAGUAGAUUUAGAAAUACACUGAGGACUAAUGCUACACAUCCCAUCUUUGUGCAUGAAAUGUCUGUAUGGAAAUAAGCAAAGAGCUAGCUGAAGUCAACCAGAUCUUUCCCCAAUAUCUGCAGUGGGCUUUUGAUCGGAUACUAGGGCAAUCUUUCAACAAAGCAACAGAGAGACCUGUCUGUCUGUCUGUCUGUCUGAAAUGUCUCAGGCUGCAAUGAGAGACUGAAUUACACAAUGGGGGAAGCAGAUUUAAUUCAGUUGGCUAUUUUUAGGACUACCAAAGGGGCUCCAUUUACUCUGCACUCUCAACUCUGCUGCAAAUCUGGCCUUUGGGAAUAGGCUAACUAACGUUUGCUUUCAAGUCUUAAUAUACAUAUAUGACUGCAAAGUUGGAUGUGUGACUAUUUGUGCAGCAACGGAGACCACUGCUUUAACACCCUGCUGCUCACCAAAAAAUAAUCCUGCAUUUGCCACGGUACUCAUUGGCAACUUACUUUGCCCAUUACAGUCCUCCUUGCUUCAUUCUGAAAUGGCUUCCUUUGUUUGCAGUUUUUUGGUUUUGAAUAAGUGCCUUGCUACAAUGUGUGGCUAGUGGCUUGCUUAGUUCAUCAGCUAGAAGCAAAUUUGCCUAAUGGGCUGUAAUGGUACAAGUAGGAAGGGACAUCAUCAAUGUGUUAAGAACAUUACAAAGCCCUGCUGAAUCAGACCAAAGCCCAUCUAGCCUAGCAUCCUGUUCAUCCAGUGGGAAAGUCUGCAAACAGGACCUGAGUCCUCUCUCCACUCAUGACUCCUAUAACUGGUAUUCAGAGGCAAUGGAGGAUGCAGCUCUUAUGGGCUGGGAAAAGAUGGUGCCAUUCAUUAAGGGCUGAUCUGGACUUCCUUUUGUGCUGCAUUUCUCUUUCCUUUGUUCUCUUAAUGGUCCAUCACCCAAGCAAUCUCCUCAACAUAGCCUGGCUUAUGUUUUAACACUUGCUGGAUCCAGGCGUUAGAAGGAUCUUGCAUACAGCCUAGUCCCUCCCACCCAAACUCAUAACAGUACGAUAGGCUAAGCUGGCUGAUUAGCUUACUGCCUCUUGGUGAAGCUGCCCAUGGUGUCCCAUCCAGCCACUGAUGUAACAAUUAAUUUUGGAACUCAGUAAGAACAGAAGAAGAGCCCCACUGGAUCAGAGCAAAGGUCUCUCUAGUCUAGCAUCCUCUUUCCCACAGUGGCCAGCCAGGUGCCCACAAGUAGUCCACAAAAGUCCUGCUGUGGAGCCCCAGUGACUGGCAUUCAGAGGCCUGCUACUUCUGACAGCAGAGAAUGAUAUAUAAGGCUUCCUAACUAGCCAUGGAUUGCUUUAUCCUCAAUGGAUUUGUGUAAUCUUCAUUUAAAGCCAUUGUCUAAAUUGCUGGCCAUCACCACAUUCUGUGGUGGUAAAUUCCAUAUUUUAAGUGCAUGGAAAAGUAGAAAUGGAUCUGAGGAGUCCCAGAGGCACUAUUUUGUUGUAUAAAGUGAUUUUGUAAGUCUUGUGGAAGCCCAACUCUCAAUGCUUUUAAGAUAAGCAUAUUGAUAUAUUGACAUCUUUAGGGACUAUGUGUGGAUUAUAAAAUUAGAUAUUUUAGCCACUUAAAUUAUUUCAAACUUUAACCAUUUUGUGUGUGAUUAAUAGCUUUGGGCGAUUGUUUGCAUUUUGAUUGAAUAUGCCAAAUUUCUAUUCUAUCUGUGUCUGCAACCUCUGGGAGGAUAGAAACCAUGUCUACUUAAUGGCCAAGUCUAAAAAGGAUCAGGCGGUGAUAUUUUAAAUCAGCAUAUCUACCGUAAUUGAAAAAAACUCUUCUUUAUUUCAGUGGGACUUUCUUUCAGUUUGUCAGGCUCAAAUUCAUUUAUUUAGAAAAUGUCUGUACCGCAUAACAUUUUGCACAAGUGAUUUGCAGACAUUUUAAAGUACAAAUACAAAUAAAGAUCAGGAUGCAAUAAAUAUAUUAUAAUACAUUUUAAAAUGGCAGUAUUGUGCCCCAACCCCCAUCCUGUUUUCUUAGAUGCCCCAGUGUAUUUUACUAGAUUGCACUGUGUGGAUCUGCCCCUGUGCCUGAUAUUUAAGGCCGAUUGUACAGAACCAGUUGCAUACAUUCUUGCCCUCUACUGGCUAAAGUUAGUAUAUAUAUUUUUCCAUUACUGUUUGGGUGACAUAUUUGCUACUUGCUUGACUUUAAAACAGAACACUUUAUAACAUCUGAUGGAUCUAAACAUAUAGACAUGUGUAGGGUAGUUAAUGUUUUCAAGAAGCAGGUAAAUAUUAAAUCUGCAAAAAAAUAAAUCAAAAUUGUUCCCAAAGUGGGAGGAUGUUUUAUGACAUGAGCAAAGUAUUCCUAUACACCAUUUUUGGUGCUGGUGGAACAAUGCCAAGAGAACCUCUACCUGAGUCAGUGGACAGUGGAGGUGCCACUAGCCCUGAAUCCAGCAAGCUCCUUGCCUGCACCGCUCCAAGUCCCACCCUAAGGCCAGGUGUAGCCAGAUCAUAUUGGUUGUCAGUACAGGAUUCUGAUAAAUCCCAAACAAUGAAGAAACAACACAUGAGACAAAGUCAAAGCAUCUGUUGAGCAGCAUCCAACAUGAACCAGAUCUCGAAUGGAAAAGAUACAUGGGUGGGUUGCCAACUAGUCAACCCAGCAGGGCUCUUUCACCUUUGACAGUGGCUCAACAAACAGCAAGGAUAGUGGGUUCAGUGCCUCUUGUGGCACCAGCUCCACCUUCACCUGUUGCAUAACUGUCUGUCCUGGAGCUUGCAUAGAAUAAGUUGGUGAGCAAUCUCAUGGAAGAACAGCCAAGAACAUCCUCUAGUCACUGCUGCUGGUCAUGGGGUGGGCCUUCCUUGUGGUCAGGGGUGAAUGCUGUAUCUUGGGAGGGUGCCUUGAGGAGAGCAAGGGAUGACAGACAGUCCACCUCUCUCUCUGUGUGCCCUCCUCGAUUUUUCUAUUAAAAAAACUCAGAUCAGGACAUACCACACCAGUCAAUAAAAAUACAUCAGCAAAUAUUUUCCUUUCCCCCUUGCCUCACGAAGUCACAUCAGGGCAUAUAUAAAUAUAUUGUCCUUGCAGGAGGAGGUUAAAAAUAAAGAAAAGUACUGUCCUGUGACUUUACAAGGAAAAAGGAAACCUUCCCCUGUGUCGUAGUGUUAGGAGAUGUGGAACAUCCUGAUCUGAGGUUUCUUUCAGGAAGAUGUGGGUGUGGGGAGGUGAAGUGAUUCCAUGAGGGAAAGGCAAAAACCACUUUUGUUGACGCCAAGAUGUUAAUGGGUGAGGAAUGUCCUAUGUGGGUUGCCCAAUGUGUCACUUUAUUGGCAGGGGACGUCCUGAUCCUGGGGUCCCAGAGACAAAGUAGAAAAGCUCAUUAGCAGCUCCCCAGUAAGCAAGUGGAGAUUGUUCUCCCAACCAGGAGUCUCCAUAAGGAGAGAGAAGGUGCUUAUUAAUAACUUUAUGUUAGCUGGCAGUAGGAAUGCCCUGAUCUAGCUGCUUUCAGGGGAGCCACAUUAACCUGAUAGCUCUCCUAGGUCAUGUUUCCUUACCUUUCUGCUCUGCCAACCUUAUCCAUGCAAUCUAAAUUGGGUCCACCUUGGAUACAUACCUCAGGCCUUGGAACGCAGCCCGUAACUAUGUCUCUAAAAGUGUGUUAUGUGGAAUAUGCAUUCAUUUCCUGGCUAUAUAGCCUUCCCUUAGCCCAGAAAUCAGCACAUAUAAUGCUUGUGAAGUGUCUGACCUUUAUGGGAAUUGCAUUGGACGAUGGAGAAUAGGGAGCGAGGAAGCAAUUUGUUCCUGUUUUCUGACCUGCUUAAUUUAUGCUUUAGGUUACAGAAAAGUUCUCAGAGGAUUACUCAGCAGCCAGAAGGCACAGGCGCUUUAGAACUGAGCUCACUUCCUGGCGUGAAGAGCCUCAGGCCAUCUUCUAUUCCCAGCUAG